CUGACGUCUCUUUCGGUAUUAAUGGCUUAAAUUAAAAAAAAAUGUGAUAAUAAUGGAAACUUUGCUUCUGAAGCUAAAUAUACUAAAUUAUGGAUUGUAUUAUUGUCAAAAAUUUAACAAGACUCCUAUAAAUAAGCACUAUUUUUGUCUAAAUUUUAAUACGGGAGAUCAAUAUUAUUCAUUUAUAUCCCUUGCAAUAUGGCUAAUAAACAGUUUAAAUCCCCCAGAGCCUAUAAAAAUGCCCGAAGAAUCAGAUGAUCCCAAUAUCAUUGUAUCCAAAAUUGUCAAAUUUUUAUCUAAUCAUGAUACUGGCUUGGAGUUUUCAAUAAAUAAAUUGAAAAAGGGUUAUGGAGACCAAGUCAUAAAUUUACUAAACUAUUUAGCAGACUUAAAUAUACAAAAUCAAAAGGUAUUAUCUAAAUACUUAAAACAAAGCAAAACCCAAAACAUUGAAAAUAAAAAUGAUGAUAUUAUUAUUAAAGAUGAAAGGCCUAAUUCAGAAAUGGAUUCUUCCAACAGUUCAUCAUCAUAUAAUUCAUCUUCAGAAGAUGAUGGCAGUCAAUCAAAGGCCCAUAGAAAUAUUCCCGAUAAAAACAAUUCAGAUGAAUGGCGAUCCGAAUACCAGGACGCUUUACCGCGAUUGCUAAUUAUGAAAGAAAAAAUUGACGCCAUGGAUGAUCAAAAUAGGUUGAAGCAAAUGGAGUCCCUAUUCUCCAACAUGGCCCAGGUUUUUGUAAACGUGGAAGAUUCCCUCAACAAUAUGUUGUCGAAGCACGCCUCUGCUCUGAGUUCCUUGAGGGAGAAAGAAAAGAACCUCAACGACUUAGUCGACGCUAAAUAUCCAGAUUUUAAAGAUAGCCACCGGAAUUUGAUCUUCAUCAAAGACGAGAUUCUGAUCGAGAUGACGGAUAUCGAGGAGAAGACCAAGCUCUUGGACAAAUUGACGGCCGAUGUCGAAGAAACGAAAAAAGAAAUAAGGAAAAAAGUUGACAGCAUGUCCGAUUCCAAAGGUUUGAACAAGGCCCAAAAAUUGAUUGGCCGGCUUGAAGCGGAUAUCGCGGAGAUGGACGUGAAGAUUAAUUUUUCAUCCAAUAUUUUGUCGUUUUGAAAGUCGAGGAUUUGUAAUAUUUGUUAUAAUAUAUAUAUAUAAACAUGAUCUCAUUUUGAAUUUAUUUGUAACGUAAACAAAUUACGAACGUCACCUUAUUUAUUUAUUAAAACCAUAAUUUAUAUUUAAUGUAAAUUUUGUUAUAUAUAUAUAUAUAUGUUUCGUAAAUAUUUGUAUAAUGUGCGAUUUUUGGAAUAUUUAUUAAAUAAUCGAAUAGAAAUUUAAAGAAAUCAGCUGUUUGUAACGGCAAUUUCCUCUAGUUUGGACACCGUAACCAGCAGAUACAGCCCUAUUUAUUAAAAAAAAUCUAUCAGGCUAUAUAUAAUUUUAAUAAAUAUUUUUUAGUCGAAAAAUAGUAUAUGAGCGACUUCGACGUUCAAAAAAAUUCGUUUUUUUUCCGCAUUCGAAUUCUUCGCGAUUCAUGUAUACCUCGUGGGGUUCGAU